AUGUCGGCUUUGGGGCCUUCUGGGGCUAACCCCCAUGCUGGUCUGAACUUCAACCAGGCCAACCUCAGACGAAAUCCGGCCUUCCCUCCGCCUCACACGAAUCAACAGAACAAACAGUCACCGGCAUCCCACUCAGGAUCUCCCUACCAGCCACACGCCUACACUGCUCAACCUCCGCCGCAGGCAUAUCACCAACAUCUCUUCACCCCCCAGCUUAAUGGAAAUGUCCCCAAUGGCACUUCGAGAUCAUCCAACUCUCAUCUACACAAUGCUAUCAAUGUUCCACGGCAACGGGCAGCCCCCCCGAGGCAGCAGAUGCCUCAACCUGCACCUCAAGCCAACCCUUCUCCCAUGCUGUUCUCAACCUCGAUGCCACAGCCGGUUCAGCAUGACUCGCUGAUUGCUCAUCACCAACAGCAGCAACAACAGCAGCAGCAGCACCAGGGACUUCCUCAUCCUGCGCAUCAGUCUCAUCCGGGACACCAAAGCCACCAAUCUCACCAGGCUCACCAGCAGCAUCAGACUGUUUCUAGCCACCAGGGACAUCCGGGACAUCAAGGUCAACAAGUUCACCAGCCCCAUCCACAGCAACAGCAACAGCAGCAGCAACAGCAGCAGCAGCAACAACAACAAGCCCAGUCCCAUAGCCAUCAGCAGCAACAACAUCAUUCGCAGCACUUGAGCCAGAGUCGGUCGCAGCCGCAUCAGAUGACUCAACAGCAUCAACCGCAGCAGCAACAACAGUAUUCGUCGCAACACCAACAUUUGCAGCAGCAGCAACAGCAGCAACAGCAGCAGCAGCAGCAGCAGCAGCACCAACAACAACAGCAGCAGCAGCACCAACAACAGCAGCAGCAGCAACAGCAGCAUCAACAGCAGCAUCAUCAGCAGCAGCAGCACCAACAACAACAACACCAACCCUCGGCACCAUCAGUGAGCCAACCUCAACCUCAGCACCAUCAUCGGCAACCCCCACCUCAGCAACCACAGCCUCAGCAGCAGGCUCCACCACCUCAGCAAGCCCAGCAGCUUCCCCAGGUCCAGCAGGUAAAGGCGCAGAUGCAAACCCAGCCUAUUGCUCAGCCCAAGUCUUCACGAGCCUCUCACACGCCUCAGCAACAAACUUUGACGCAACCGCCCCCCCCACAGGCGAUUCAGCAGCAAGAUGUUGUAUCGAAGCAGGAAAAUCAGGCGGGCGACAACAUGGAGGUCGACAACCAGCAGGACGGUGAUGAUGACACAACUGCCAUUGACUCCAGCAAGAUGAUGGACGACUCGUCGUACAUCCCAAGCCAACCGUUGGGAGAAUUAAUGUCCCCCCCUCCCGAGGGUGGUAGUUACCCCACGCUUGAAGCGGUCCAAAAAGCGGUGCUGAAAUAUUGUACGUCGGUCGGCUAUGCUAUUGUCAUUGGCAGAUCAAAGAAGACAGUUCCGGGGCUGAAGAAAGUUUUGUUCGUGUGCGAUCGAGCUGGCAAGCCUCCGAAUCGCGUCAGCCCCGAGUUUCGCAAGAGGAAAACGUCCUCACGCAAGUGCGAUUGCCCAUUUGGGUUCUUCGCUAUCGAGCAGAGAACGCAGUGGACGAUCCGGUAUCGCCCAGACCGAGCGCAUCUGCAGCACAACCACGGGCCCAGCGAGGGCCCAUCAAACCAUCCAGCCGCUAGGAAGCUCAGUAGCGAGAUGGUCACAGCAGUGAAGCACCUCAAAGAGAGUGGUAAGGACCUACCCAAAUCCCAGCUACAGUUUGCUCGUAACGCAGACUCACAAGUUGUAGGCGCUGGCGUUUCAGAGACCUUGGCCAUUCUGCAGAAUGACAACCCGGACUGCCACCUGAUUCCCCGGGACAUCUACAAUGCACGAGCGGCCAUCAACAGAAACCCUUCAAAGUCCUCGACUGGGAUUACGGAACCUCAGCCGAGCAUUUACACGAAGCAGGUGACAUCGUCGGAGGACAAGAUCAGGGCAGAGCUGCGCCAGCAACUGUCCAAAGCUCGAGAAGACCUUAAGAAGGUCGAGGAAGAGAAACAGAAAGAAAUCGACCAGCUCAAGUUGGAAAUUGAAGAGAAGGACAAGCAGAUCAAACGAUUUGAAAUGUUUAUUGAUAUUUGCAAUCAGCGUGUUAUGGUGCAAAGAGAGCGACUUCUGGACGGGAUCCCGGCACCUGGGAACAAUUCAAGUGCUUGA